GGACUUCAAUACAACAAUGGACUUUGUGGAGACGAAUUCUGCCGUGUAUUUCUACGGACAGCGUGACCGCAAGUUUGGCUUUCUGAGCAAUUUCUACCCGUGCGAGUUCACGGACACUGAAGGCCGACGAUUCUAUUCCAGCGAGCAGUAUUUCAUGAAGAGGAAGCAGGAAAUGUUUGACAGAGACAACGAAAAAGUAGCGAUCGCCAUCUUACGAGCGAAGGCUCCUGCAGUGGCAAAGAAACUCGGGAGGCAGGUGGAAAACUAUGACGAUGAAGUGUGGGCCGAACAUCGGUACGAAGUGAUGUUGGAAGCACUGAAGCUCAAAUUCUCAUCAGACGAAGAGAUGGCAGCAAAACUCUUGGCGACGGGUGCUAAAAGAUUGUACGAGGCCUCACGACAUGAUGCGAUAUGGGGCAUCGGUCUGAGUGUGGCUAGUGUAACCAGAAUGUUCCGCGAGAGUGUAUCGUUCCAACGUACAGGAGACGUCGAUGCCGAGACGCGCAGUUUGUGCUUUGGCAAGAAUCUGCUGGGCAAUGCGCUGAUGGAAGCUCGCGCUUGGUUACAGCCACAGGACUAAGCGUGGUGUCAACCGUCCGCAUUGUUGGAUCCCCAGGUAGAUGUCGCUUAAUAAGUAUGGCUGAGCUCAGUUAGAGUUGAGCGCUUUCCUUUGUACUCAUUGAUAAAGAAUUUCGUAGCUUACUGGUCACCACGUUACAUCCAUACGGGGGUUUGACAAAGUUACAGGUGAUGUUCGCUCGGCGAGAAAUAGAUUGGUAUACUAAUCGCCUUUCAGUGAGAGGACUGUAGUAAAAGGCAUUCAUUACAGCGAUCGUAUUGACAUGAAGAUAAAGUCCUACUCUACUCCCUCAGCCAGGUACUCUGCUGGAGCGUCC